UAAAUAUUAGGGAAAAUCCUUAUUGGCCGCUAGCUUAUUGUCCGCUAGCUUGACUUAGGCUUGUUGUACGAACGUAAAGGAAAAAAAAGUAAUCUACUAAUCGGUACUUUGUAUUUGAGCAAGGCUACUGUAAGGAAUUGUUUGAGAAAACAAAAAAACCCAACUCAACAAGCAUGGAACAAGAUAUGAUGACAAUGACAUGCACGGUGGAAAAUGCAGGAGAUGGGUGUAUUGCUGACCCCAUUAACACCCUCAGUCCACUAGAGGAGACCGAUAAAAAUGAUGUGAUGCAAACGCCACAAACUGCCUACCUUAUCACUGACACCAAUGGUAUAGUUCUCCUGGAACAGAGAGGCAACAUGUUCUUGUCUGUUUCCAAUGAAAUGAAUAACUUGAAUUACACUGGGAUAUCAACCAGUCCAGAGUUACAAGGGAGACAACUGCUUACAACAUCAGCAACAGGACCACUGUUGACCAGUGUCCAGCAGGAAGGAAUGGUGGAUCCACAGGGAAUGGGGGUAUUACUGGGAGUACAGACAGAUGUUGGGGAGAGACUGGACAGUACGGACAUCUCAGACACCACCAAUGAACAGUUAUUGGACAACGCUGAUGACAUCACAGUAUCCCCAACAAGCAAGCAAUCUGAUAAGCCACCUGAGCAGAAGAAAAGAGGAGGCUGGCCAAAAGGAAAAAGGCGGAAAAAUGUCCCCAAUGUUAAUGCACCAAAAGCACCACUCACAGGGUAUGUGAUGUAUGCCAUUGAGAGAAGACAAGAAAUCAAAGAAAGUAAUCCGGAAUUAACAUUUCCAGAGGUCACAAAAAUUCUUGGAAACGAAUGGUCCACUUUGGACAGUGAAAAGAAACAGAAGUACCUCCUGGCAGCACAAGAGGACAAGAAGCGAUACAUGGAACAAUUAAAAACUUUUCAACAAUCUGAUGCCUACAUGAGUGCAAUGAAGAAAAAGAAAGGAAAGGGCUUUCCUCCAGGCCAGGAGGUAGAAGAAGCAUUUCCCUAUACAAUGGAUGAGGAAGAGGGUAGCAUGAAUGAACUCUAUUGUCGGGUUUGUGACCAGUAUUUUAGUUCUCUCCACAACAAAAAGGAACAUAUGUUUGGAAGACAACACUUACAGAACAUCACGGGAGAGAUUCAGAAAGAUUUACAGCUUCAAGCAGAACAGGAGUCACGCGAUCUGGCUGAAACAUCAUUAGUCUCUAGUCACCUAGGCAACGAGAGCAGCCAAUCAGGGGAUGGGAUCUGUGUUUCUCAACUUGACAUUCUGGAUAGAACAUCACCUGUGGAUGUUCAGGGAUUUAUCAAUGGUUUCCUACAAGAAAAUUUAGAUAGAGAAUUUGAAAUCAAACAGAUACGAAGACAUUUUAAACUGAUACAAGAAGAGAACAACUUUCUAAUUAAACAGAUUAAUGAAUUAAAGCUUUACCAAAACAAACUAGAAGAAGAAGUUGCUCAAUACAAAACUAACAAUAUUUCUAUAAACAGACAAGGUCACAGGGAAGCGCUCAGCAUCAUGGCUUCCUGGAGAGACAGAGAAAUUAAAGGUGUACUAUUGGACAUCACUGGUGCUUUAUUUGAAAGUGGAUCAAGAGAACCUAUAGAAGGCUCAGUGGAAGCAAUACAGAGACUAAAGUCUGCGGGGUUACCAGUGAGGUUUUGUACCAAUGAGACCACCAUGACACGGACGAUGCUGACUGAGAAGCUACACAAACUGGGAUUCACCAUGAAUGAGAAAGAAAUUUUCCCACCAAUCCCAGCAGUCUGUAAAGUUCUACAAAAAAGGAAUCUCCGACCACAUCUUCUUGUCCAUCCAAAAGCUGCUCCAGAUUUUGAUGGAGUGGACACAGUGAACCCUAACUGUGUCAUCCUUGGUGAUGCCACAACAGAAUUCAGCUACCAUAAUCUCAAUAAGGCAUUCCUGACCCUGAUGGCUAUGAAGGAACCAGUGUUGUUUUCCCUUGGAUUGGGGAGAUACUACAGAGAAGAUGGGGAGCUAACGCUGGAUGUUGGGCCCUUUACCAAGGCUCUAGAGUUUGCAGCAGAUGUGAAAGCAGAGGUGGUAGGAAAACCGUCUCCAACAUUUUUCAACUCUGUUUUAGAAGACAUGGAUGUUGGUGCAGAAAAUGCAGUGAUGGUAGGUGAUGAUAUUGUGAGUGAUGUUGGGGGAGCACAGGCAUGUGGCAUGCUGGGAAUUCAGGUCCGCACUGGCAAAUUCAGAUGUCAGGAUGAGAACCACCCCACAGUUAAACCAGAUGCUUUUGCAGACAAUCUCCUGGCUGCUGUGAAUCUUAUUUUACAAGCUUCCAAAUAACUGAUACCCAUUGAACAGGAAAAUCAACAUGGCUACAUGAUAAAAGUGCAAGAUUUUCAAAUGUUUAAACAUGUUCUUGCAUAGUGCUAUAAUGACUAAUAUUUGAUUUCCCUCUGGAAAAUGUAAGUACAUAUAAUGUACUUUGCUGUAUUUCUUUUGAGUGUUGCAUAUGAAAUAGUGCAUAAAUGUUUUAUGUACAUAAUUCUUUUACUUCUUGAAUCAAGAAAUAAAAAAAAAAAUUGAAACUUUUUUUGCUUUGGUAAAUCCUUGGUGUUAUUGUGUGUUUGUGUACUAGCCUUAACAUAGAAUGCUAUGUAUUUUAUGAAAAUAAAUUGAGUAUCUUACACUGUAA